UUUUGAAGCUGAGCUGGCGCUGACAUCAAUGCCUCCUGCUGCAAUGUCAAACCAUAGCACCGAUGAGUCACUUGACCAGCUUCGGCAGACAGCUCGUCGCAGAACAGCGGAGGGCACAGUGAAGGGCUUCGGGGGCAGGAUGCUCGUGGUUCAAUUCACAGUAUGGGAGAUGGACAAAGCUGAGUUGCAAGCCCACAAACUUGCAUAGAACAUAUCCUUUGUGACACUUGUUGGAUAGCCAAGGGCCAGAAGAACUUUCUAGGUCAGUGCAACCUGCGAGUAUAGUGAUAAUAUAGUUAUAUGAAGCAGAAGGCAGAAAUCAAAGCUGGAAGGCUACGCAAGCAUGUGGGUCGCAUACUUGCUGAGCGCCUUGGGUGUGUUUGCAAGUGCAUCAUCUAUUUGUCAGCACGUUUGCCGUACUCGUUGCUGCAGAGAGACAACCGCAAGUCUCCACAUACUUGUAGCUUCAAAUUUAGGUGACCGUGAUACGAUAUAAAGACCUAAGCUGACCUGAGCUAAGCCAGCUCCUGCUGAGUCAUUCUUCCAAUCUUGGUUUCCAGGUACCCCUUCCUUCGAGUCACAUUUCACGAUGCUCAGAAAGAUUCCACCUAGCACUGCAACAUGGAUCGUGUUGAUAACCCUUGAUGGCUGGUUGGGAAGCCACCCGAAAAACAAUCCUUGUGAAGGAAAUGACCGACCGAGACCCUCUCGGCAUGGCGGGCCCACACCGCAAAUGGCUGCAUUUGAGGCGACACCUGGCCCACGUCCAGGUGGGACAUGUGGUGUCCUGUUGCAUUCAAGGAAUUUGGGAGUCUUUGAGGAUAAUUCUGCAGUGGCACAUGGCAUGGGUGCUUGAUUCUUUGAUCAUUUUUGAUCAUAUUAUGUAUAUACAUUGCCCUUCAGAGGAGAAAAGAAUCGAUGAAAGACAACCCAAAACGCAAUGCAUUGCAAGUCAUCCAACCGACGCGAUGUCCCUGCUCGUUUUCCACCGCGUCGUCUCGUCGGAACCACGGAGGUCUCAAGUCUUCACCGAGCCGCGAGGGCCCCGAGGCAAGUCGACUGGAAUCAUCCAGUUUCACCGACGAGCCCAUGUGGAUGCAAAGGAGACCAUCCAACAAUCCUAUAGAGCAAGCAGAUGAGAAGCCGGCUUCGAGAAGCCGGCAAGAGUGGCCCGGGAUUCAACAACGAAGCAUCAUUGCCCUGGUCCUAUGCUUUUGCGCCAUGCUUUUGGCUACUGGUCCUGCGGCAUAUUGCUGGCUGAACCACGCAGGCCGAGCGGAUAUGGCGGAUGUCUAUCGGGGUGGUGCGCACCCCACGGAGGAGAACUCCUGCUGCGCAGAGGCCACCCCAGGCGCCCACCAUCGGCCGGUGCUUUACAUCGGCAGUGACUACGUGAACGAGGUGGCCUCGGGCGGCAUCAAUGGUUUGCUGAUGAUGGUGGCCACCGUGGUGGCCGGCAUCGGCAUCGACCUGCCCGGUCCCCACAUCUUGGCCAUGGGAAGUGCCAGCCUCAUCUCUUACGGCUUUUCCAUGGGCUUCGGCGCUUUCAUGGUGGAAGAGGCCAAGGAAGGUUUCGCUCGCAGCCAGCUGGAGGAAGAGUACAAUGAAGUGCGAGCCAUGCCGUCCGCCGAAGUGGAUGAGAUGAUUUGUCACUACAGGAAACGUGGCCUAUCCGAGGAGGAUGCUCGCCAUGUGGCCAAGAUCUUCUCCAAAUAUGAGGACUUUUGGGUUCACCACAUGAUGGCCGAGGAGCUAGGAAUCCAAUUGCCACGGGGCCCAACGGCUGCGAUGAAGUCGGGUCUGGCCACCGGCACUUCCUUCCUCAUCUUCGGCUUGGUUCCUUUGCUAGGUUUGGUCAUCUCCACUUGUUUGCGGAGCUGCGCCGGCCCAGCGUGGUAUCGGCCCCAAUUCUCCACAGCCAUGUCGCUCACACUGAGUGCCUUUGCACUCCUUCUACUGGGCAGCUUGGUGAGCCGUUUGGUCGGCAGCCGGACACCGUUGGUCAGCGGAAUGACAAUGCUGGCGAAUGGUUUUGCCGCCUCGAUCAUGGCCUUUGCAGUCAGUCAGCUUUUAUCCACUGAGAUGGAGAAGAAGGCUUUGGGUGCCAAAGUCUCAGAGGUCGACGAAGUGCCACAACCUGUCGCCAAGAGGUGCCCCAAGAGGCUUCGCCUUGACAGUGGUAGCUCUCAGCCUGGAUCGGGCGUGCAAAUGAGUGAGCCGGGCGCUUGGCCCACCUUUCGGCAUCAGUUUUUCCUUAGCAGUUUCAUGCUGUGGGUGGCCGUGUGUUCGGCGAUCGUGGCCUGGCAGACCUUCUCCCGGGCCUACGUCGCCUUCGAACGCAUGCACUGGGAAGUGAUCAGGGUCUUCGGGUAUGGCCUGUUGACCUGUGUGACCACGGGCUUGGGUGCAGUGCCUUUCCUCGUUGUGAAGCCUGGCCCCUUGGGUAUCGGCCUGGCCGUGGCCAACGCCGUCGCAGCUGGUAUGAUGCUGGCGGCCUCAGCGUCCAUGGUCUUCGAGGCACAUGAGCACUGCGGCACAAUGGAUUGGCAGCUUUUCGUUGGUCUUGGGGCGGGUGCUCUUUUUAUUCGUGCGAGCGAACGCUUGCAUGGCGUUGAUGAAGAAGAGGAAGAAGGCAUCGCAGCCCUCCACGAUGCGCUACUGGAGAGGAAGCAGUGGAGGAAAGCCAUGCUGAUUUUUACUGUAAUGUUCUGUCAUUCCGCCGCCGAAGGCAUCGCUGUAGGCGUUGCCUUUAGCAGGCAGCUGAAUCAUGAGUUUGGAAUCUACAUCUCAUUGCUUUUAGCCGUGCACAAUGUGCCCGAGGGCUUGGCCGUGGCCCUCGUUCUGGUUCCCCGUGGUGUUUCGGCCACAUUGGCAGCCUUCAUCGCUACGCUGACAAGCGUGCCGCAGCCUGUGCUGGCGCUGGCGGCAUUUCUCUUCGUAGAAGUCUUUCAAGGACUCCUGCCCAUCGGAUUGGCCUUCUCUGCAGGAGCCAUGGUCUACGUUUGCCUUCACGAGCUUUUGGUGGAGUCCAUGGAGCAGUUGGGCUUUACCAAAGCCGUCCUGGCAUCCUCUUUGUCUUUUGGGACCAUGUCUGCCUGCAUCUUCUUGCUCCAGUCCAUCACAGGAUUGUGAAAGGAACUGUUUGGCGUCAAGAACUUUUUGCAAAGCCCUCACCGAUGGCCAAUAGCCUUCCAAUAGCUUGUAGUUGCUAGUGGCCUCUCCAAAUUCAGAAAGCUCCGCAGCGGCAUCCUGUCGAACCUCCGUUUGUGUGUUUCUUGUUUGAGAGAGGACAUGGUCAAAUGGCACAAGCCCAUUCCCGUCGACUUUCCAAGUGGCUAAAACCUGCUCCACGUGAGGUUUCGCAACCGACGAAACCCAGUGGAGUACUCGAGCUUUUAGGCCCAAAAGUGGAUUCAUUUGGAUGUGUUUUCGUAUGUUUUCGUUAAUUAUUGACCUGCACCACCAAAUGCAAU